CGCACCACGGAGGCACGCAGCCACGAAGGACACACUGCACACGCCUGACGCCGGCAGGCAACGCCCCCUAUCCUUCUCAACGGCGGCAGCCGCAGUCGUCGUCGUCUUCCCUCCCCCAGCCUCUUAUCCAAGCCUCCUCCUCUCCCGUCUCCCUUGCCCUAGAAGUCGCAGAGAUUAUAGAUCCAACUCCUUUCCUCUCCCAUGUUCAUGGGAAUUUGGAUCUAGUCCCCCUCGUCCUCUUCUCCCCACAGCACGGUCCGGCGGCGGAUAUCACGAUGGAGGAAUACAUAAACCCUGCCGCUUAUGAGGAACAAUCAGUAAAUGGCACAGACUGGAGUUCAGGAGUACUGCCAGACAAAUUGGAGAAUGGUGCAAACUCAGUGGACUGUUCACUGCAGCUUGCUGAAGAACAAAACCAAUUACCUGAUAUACUUGGAAUCAACGAGAUGCUAAUUGAUGACACUGGCAGUGGAAGCGAUUCAGACAGCAGCUCAGGGAAUGAGGCAGAUAAAGAACCAGGAAAGUACUUCUAUCCUAGUUUCGAGGAAUUGGAAAAUCAAAGACCACCAGAAGUUGGAAUGAAAUUCCCAACCCUUGAAGAUGCGAACAGAUACUAUAGUACACAUGCUCUCCUUACUGGUUUUGUGGCAAUUAGGGGGCAAAAUUACGUAAGAAAGAAGUUUCAUCUCGAAUGCAACCGGAGCCGCAAAUUAACACCAUCUCAGGACCUGAAGAGGAGGAGGGAAAUAGAUUCUAUAAAUAGGACACAGUGCCAGGCAAAGGUGGUAGUGAAGCCUGUUAAGGGGCAAUGGGAGUUCACAGCAAUUCAGAGUGAGCACAACCAUCUGUUAUGUCCAAGCCCGUCGCUAACAAGAUUCUUCUUGAACUGCAAACACAUGUCAACUGAAGAGAAGUCAUUUUUAAGAGUUCUGCAACAAAGUAGUAUACAUCCCAAGAAAGCUAUGAAGAUUUUCAAGAGAAUGGGAAGCAGUUUGGGGAACUUGCCAUUCAAGAAAAAAGGUGCGAGUAAUUCAGAGUCUGCAGAACAACAGAGAAAACCGAACUCAGAUGUUGAAAAAACAUUGAAGCACUUGAAGGAACUGGAGCUGCAAAACCCAUGUGUUUCAUGCACCAUGCAAACAGAUGAAGAUGGCAUAGUUAGGAGUAUUUUCUGGACUGAUGCCAGGUCAAGAAUGGAUUAUGAGAUAUUUGGAGAUUUCAUAUCGCUUGACACAACUUAUAGCACAAAUAGGCAUAAUAUGCCUUUUGCUCCUAUUAUUGGAAUAAAUAGUCAUGGGAGAUCUCUUGUGUUAGGAUGUGCAUUGCUACAAGAUCAGAGAGCAGAAACCUUUGCAUGGAUGUUCAGAACAUUUUUGCAAGCAAUGGGAGGAAAAUUGCCUAGAUCAAUUAUAACAAACCAGGAUGAAGCUAUAGGAAAAGCAAUUGCAGAGGUCAUGCCACAAGUAAGGCACAGGUUUUGUAAGUUCUACGUAAUGAUGAAAGCUCGGGAGAAACUACGAGCCUUCAUGGCAGAAAGAGGUAACAUAAAUGUGGAGUUGCAUAGUUUAGUUGACAACUCACUGACAGAAACAGAAUUUGAGGAAGGAUGGGAAGCACUGAUUGAGAUAUACGGUGCAAGUGAAAACGAGCACCUACAAAUCUUGUGGCAAACCAGGAAAAACUGGGUGCCUGCUUAUUUCAGAGAAGAUUUUUAUCCAUUUGUCGGAGCAACUAAACGUGGCGAGGGGACAAACUUAUUAUUCAAGGACUUUGUUCUUCCUAAGGACAGAAUAGAGAAGUUUCUUGAAAAAUAUGAGGAGAUGCAAGAGAUGAUAAUGAAAAUAGAUGACGAAGAUAGACUGCAAUCAAAAACUGAACUUUCAUGUUUCUCAUUGCAGCCAAUAGAAAAGCAUGCAGCACGUAUUUACACAAGGCCAAUAUUUCAGAAAGUACAGAAAGAACUACUCCAUUCUACAGCAUUCAACGUGCAGGAGAUACAAAGAGGAACACUGUACCGACUGGACAAGGUCUUUGACUACGAGAACCCAGAGUUCGAUAGAAUUUCUUUUGAAGUGUUAGUUACACCUGAUACCAAUACAAUAAAAUGUGAAUGCACAAAGUUUGCUAGGGAUGGAAUACUGUGCUGCCAUAUAUUCAGACUUUUCACGCAGUUUGGGAUCAAUGAAAUACCAGAGCAAUACAUAGUGCCCAGAUGGACUGGCAAAUUCAAAGAAGACCAGGUGGUAUUAUACAAGGAAAAAUGCUUGGACACGCAUGACAUAAACCAAUCAGAAAAUACAUUGAGAUAUGCAAUGUUAAUGACUAAAGUGUCUGACAUAAGCAAAGAAAUAUGUUGUGAUCUCUCCAAGUGCGAUAAAUUCAUGCUGGAAUUAGACAAGAUUCGAGAAAAACUGCCAACAGUGAGGAGAAAUUCCUGAAAAGAAUGACAGUUAGACUGUAUGUGUUGUACAUGGGCCCUGGGAACAGGAGCUUUGACAGCAGCAGCGCACAUGAUGUGUGAACAAAAGUCCGUUGUUGUUCAUGGAUUUUAGCAACCAGGAGGAGCCCGUGUGGAGUUAGGAGAGUCAGUUAAAUUAUUGUCUUGUGUAGGUCCAGUAGGAGGCUCAUGUCGGCGAUCCAGAACUGUAAGGUUUCAGGAAAUCAGGAGAACUAGGUGGACUUAUUUGUUUCUUUCUAGAAUAUAGGUGGACUUAUUUGUUAUCUGUUGAGGAGGUGUUGGCAUGAGUCUACUUGUACCUGCAGUUUCAUGUGACACUUCACUCAGAAAAGUUUCAUGUGACACUUCAUCUCAGAGAAGUUUCAUGUGAUAUGCACAGCUUGUGCUAAAUACUUGUUGUGUCUACCAGUUUCUUUCGACA